AUGGCCGUCGGUAGUCGCAUUCGAGAGUUCGACCUCAGUGAAACUUCGUCGUGGGUAGAGUAUGUCGAGCGCAUUCAGUUGUAUUGUGCAGCGAACAAGCUCACAACGGAGGAGGACAAGCGAGCUGUGUUGCUCAGCUGCUGUGGCCCAGAGACGUACUCCCUCAUAACCACUCUCGUGAAGCCGUCGCGACCGCCAAACGUGGACUACCAAAUCAUCGUUGAUGCAGUGAAGAAGCACGUCAACCCGAAGCCGUCCGAGCUAUACGCGAUGUACGUCUUUUCUAAGCGAGACCAGCAAGAGGGGGAGGGCGUAGCCGACUUUGUCACUGCUCUGGGCAAGUUAUCCGAGAACUGCGGAUUUGGCGGAACAAAAUUUCCAUUAGAGGAAAUGUUGCGCGACCGGUUGGUUUUUGGAAUCUCUGACAAUGUGGUUCAAGAACGAUUGUUGGCGGAAAAAAACCUGACGUUCGACACGGCAUAUGAAUUAGCAAUCACGGCAGAAGCAGCUGCGAAGCAGCAAAAAGCAAUACGAAGCAAUGCACAGGAGCUCGAAUUCCAGCAAGAGUUGACGUCCAAAGUAGAACUGGAAGCCAACAAGAGGCAACCAGAGAGGCAGCGGAGUUGUUUCCGCUGUUUGGGAGCGCAUGCUGGAUGGCGUUGCAGAUACAAAGAUUCGGUGUGUUUCAACUGCGGCGGAAAGGGGCAUUUAGCAAAAGCAUGCCGACGAAAGCCAGCAGAGGUGGAAGCUCAGCUCGAGGACAGAAAAAAUUCCGCGAAGAGCGAGUACGACGAGUUGUUCAGUAUCAGCCAAGUAAAAAACGGGACGCCAAAGUACGUCAUCACUGUCGAGAUUGGAAAUGAAAUCGUGCCGAUGGAAGUAGAUUCUGGAGCUGCCAGGUCGAUUAUCAGUGUGAACGAAUUUCGGAAGCUGCAAGUGGCGAAGCGGAUGAAGGUGGACAAGUGCGACACGCAACUGGUGACCUGGACAAAGGAAGGGCUGGACGUGCUGGGAAAAGUGUCUGUGCCUGUGAAGUUCAAAGACCGAGAAUUGCAGCUGCCGCUACUAGUACUGAAGAACGACGGGAACACUCUGCUGGGCCGAAAUUGGUUCCAGCCAUUGGGAAUCAGCCUAACAGGUCUUCAUAGCAUAAAUGUCGGACCUCAAGCGAUCGUGGAAAAAUUCGCAGACGUGUUCAGUGAAACCUUUCCAGGCGCUAAUCUGCCACGCAUCCACAUCGAACUAAAGGAGGCCGCCCAAGCCAGGUUCCUGAAAUGCCGCAGCAUUCCGUUUGCCAUGAAGAAUGAAGUCGUUGCUGAGUUAAAUCGCUUGGAGGAACUGGGAAUUCUAAAACCCACCCAAUAUUCAGACUGGGCAACACCAAUCAUCGUGGUGCGAAAGAAGGACGGCUCCCUACGAAUAUGCGGGGAUUACAGAAGCACGGUGAACCAGGCCGUAAAAAGUAAUGUAUACCCGUUACCAACCAGCAAAGAAUUGUUUGCCAGAUUAGGAAGGGGGCGUGUUUUUUCUAAACUCGACUUGACUCAGGCCUAUCAGCAACUAUUGGUGGAUGAAGAAACGGCGGAGUUGCUCACCAUUAAUACCGUGCAGGGGCUGUACAAGGUUUGUCGGCUGCCGUUCGGCGUGUCCAUUGCUCCUGGGGUUUUCCAAAGAACCAUGGACAUGGUGCUGGCCGGAAUGCCGCAAGUAGCGGUAUACCUGGAUGACAUCCUGAUUGCCAGCGAGUCUAUCGAGGAACAUCAACGGAUGCUUGCCGAGGUCCUCAGCCGAUUGUCCAAAACCGGGCUUAGAGUGCAAGCUGGGAAGUGCGAAUUUUUUAAGGAAAGCCUCGAGUUUCUGGGGCAUCGGAUUGACGCUAAGGGCAUCUACCCUUCGAAGGCCAAGGUCGAGGCCAUCCACCAGGCUCCUGCCCCGAAGAACAAAAAGGAACUGCAAACUUUCUUGGCCUACGAAUACGUGCUCGAUUACAGGAAAACCAAGGACCAUGGAAACGCAGAUUGCCUGAGUAGGUUGCCGGCUCCCCUAACCCGAGAAGAGACCGAAGUACCGGGUGACAUACUCCUACUGGAAGCUGUGGAGUACCCCCCACACUCUACGCCACACUCAGAAACCGGCAAAUCACCUGCAGAAGUCAUGCUGGGUCGGAACUUCAGGACCGCCCUCUCGAUCCUUCAACGGGACGAGAGUGACGCAAGAUGCCCGCUGCCGCCUCCACAACGUGGGUUCCUGCCGGGUGAUGCUGUGUACGCGAGAAACUUCCGGCCCGGCCCCGAGUGGUAUCCUGGUCGUGUGUUGCGACGUUUGGGCCACGUCAUGUACGAGCUGCGGACGGUACUGUGCACCGACGCCACCGGGACCACGUGCGCCGAGCAUGGCACUGUGAGCCCGGAGACUUAA